AUGGGGUUGGAGAGUCUUGUCACCGGUGUGCCAGUGGUGGGAUGCCCACGCAUGGCGGACCAGAUGACUAAUGCAAAGCUGCUGGAGGACAUGUGGGAGACCGGGCUGAGAGCAGCAGUGAAUGAAGAGGAUAUGGUUGAGAGAGAAGAGAUUAAGAGGUGUUUGGACACUUUGAUGGGAGGUGGAGAGAGAGGGAAAGUGAUCAGACAGAAUGCUAUAAAAUGGAAAGGUUUGGCUAUGGAAGCUGUCAAGGAGGCAGGUUCUUCCCAUAAAAAUCUGAAACAGUUUCUAGAAAGGUUAGGAUAA